UUCCAUGUGACUUCAGAGAUCCUGAGGUGCAGCGUUGCCUUUGCCUAGUGCGUAGUUACCCUUUUCUUGUCAUUUUCCAGGAUGAGCUGCUCUGUUAAACCAGCAAUGGGAAGGAAACAGAAAGGCAACCAACUUCUUACAGGCAGGCUGCAAGAUCAGCCAUUGCCACAGYGCAGUGACAAGCUUACAGGCUGAAGAAUGAAUCGGAGGAAAACCCUACGUGCGGCUUUUGGGCUGGCACCUCGAGCAAGAACUCCUGCAACCUUAAGAUGAAGAUCCUGACAUGCUCUCUCAGUCUGUGGGAGAUGGACWUAAAUAUCUUCCAAUUUUAUGCCUGAAUUUUGGACAGAACUGCAAUAUGUAGAUAUGCCAGACUUGUUUCUGAAGUCAUGUCCAAACUGAUCCUUGGAUGUGCAGUAAGAUGGUUUUUUGGAUAAUUUUGCCACAAUUUCCAUUAUGUCRAGGAUUGCUUAUUAUUUAAUUUAAGCUCUUUAUGGGGUGGCCUUGUUCAAUGGGGAGGUGAUCACCCUACGGACUAUGACAACAGGGUAUGUGGAUGGAGGAGGCCUUGGAAAACCCCGCUAUGCCAGGUGGAACCGCGAGGACAGCAGCGAGGACUAUGGGCGCCCGGAGAGCYACGGAGGAGAUGAAGAGGGCAGGCAGCACAGCAGGCUGAGCCCGUUUGAGAAACUAACCCAGGAUAUGUCCCAGAAUGAAAAAGUGGUGAAGGAAUUAACCCUAGGGAAGCGGAUUGGAUUUUAUCGAGUCAGAGGAGAAAUAGGGAGUGGGAACUUCUCACAAGUGAAGCUUGGAAUUCAUGCCCUAACCAAAGAGAAAGUAGCGAUUAAGAUUUUGGACAAGACAAAGCUAGACAAGAAGACUCAACGCCUGCUCUCGCGGGARAUAUCCAGCAUGGAGAAGCUGCACCACCCCAACAUCAUCAGGCUCUACGAAGUGGUGGAGACGCUCUCAAAGCUGCACCUGGUGAUGGAGUAUGCGGGAGGCGGGGAGCUCUUCACUAAAAUCAGCACCGAGGGGAAGCUGCUGGAAACAGAGUGCAAGCUGAUCUUCUCCCAGAUCGUGUCUGCUGUGAAGCACAUGCACGAGAACAACAUCAUUCACCGGGACCUGAAGGCAGAGAACGUUUUCUACACGAGCAACACCUGUGUGAAAGUGGGCGACUUUGGCUUCAGCACCACCAGCACCCAGGGCACAACCUUAAACACUUUCUGCGGCUCUCCCCCGUACGCAGCCCCUGAGCUSUUCCGCGACGAGAGCUACGUCGGCGUUUACGUGGACAUCUGGGCCCUGGGCAUCCUGCUGUACUUCAUGACGACGGGGGUCAUGCCCUUCCGGGCGGAUACAGUGGCCAAACUGAAGAAGUGCAUCCUUGAGGGGACGUACAGCCUGCCCCCGGGCCUGUCUGCCGCCUGCCAGAAGCUUAUACGGGGAGUGCUCCAGCCCGUGCCGACCGAGCGCUACUCGCUCAGGCUCAUCAUGAACAGUGAGUGGAUGCGAGGGAUAUGGUAUCCCCAGCCCUUGGAGCCCUUCCCACUGGAUCCCAARUAUUUAGCAGAGAUCAGCACGCUCAAAGAUGAAGAAAAUGAAGUGAAAAGUAUUCUGCAGGAGCUGGGCAUCACGGACGAGCACAUUCAGAACAACCGAGGGAGGGACGCGCGCAGCUCCGUAACGGGCGUCUACAGGAUCGUUCUGCACCGCGUGCAGAGGAAGAGGGCACUGGAAUGUGUGCCCAUCAUGUCCAGUCCCGACCCCCACGAGCAGGAGCCUCAGCAAGAAACCAGCUCUGCCCUGGGCCUAAAACACACAUCCAAGCUGUGCUCCAUUUUAUAAAUUGCACCGAAGGCUUUACCCUCAGCAUGCUUCACAAAGGGAUUGCUUGGGUUUUUCACAUGUUUUGGUGUUACAUUUUUGUAACUUUUAAAUAAACCAAAACUGCCUUAUCACCUUUGUAUUUUUCAAUUCACCCUGAAGCAGCCAAAUGCAGGACCCUGAAAGCCUGUUGUGUGACCCU